UUCGUUUGAAUGGUUUUUUUUUUCACAGCAAAUGAUCGAAGCACAUACUUUUAACGGGCCAUAGAGAAACAAAAUGGACAGUCGGCUGCAGGAAAUACGCGAGAGGCAGAAGCUACGGCGACAGCUGCUCGCACAGCAGCUCGGAGCCGAAAGCGCCGAUACCAUCGGCGCUGUUCUCAACAGCAAAGAGGAGCAGAAGGAGAUCGAGGAAACGAGGGAGACUUGCAGGGCGUCUUUUGACACGACCGUCCCCAGUUCUAAAAGGAAAUGCCAGAACGAAGGAGAGGACACCGAAGAGGAUGUUGAGGAGCAGAGGGAGGAUGUGGAACCCCAGCAGCAGGAAGAGAGUGGCCCAUUCGAAGAGAUCUACAAAGACUCCAGCACUUUUCUGAAGGGCACGCAGAGUCUCAACCCUCAUAACGACUACUGCCAACAUUUUGUGGACACCGGCCAUCGGCCACAGAACUUCAUCAGAGACGUGGGACUGGCUGACAGAUUCGAGGAGUACCCCAAACUCCGCGAACUCAUCCGCCUCAAAGAUGAGCUCAUCUCCACCACCAACACACCGCCCAUGUACCUGCAGGCCGACCUGGACACGUUCGAUCUGCGUGACCUGAAAUGCAAGUUUGAUGUGAUCAUGCUGGAGCCACCCCUGGAGGAAUACUACAGAGAGUCAGGCAUCAUCGCCAGCGAGCGUUUCUGGACCUGGGAUGACAUCAUGAAGCUGGAGAUUGAUGAGAUCUCUGCGCUACGUUCCUUUGUCUUCCUCUGGUGUGGCUCAGGAGAGGGGCUGGACCUCGGCAGGAUGUGUUUAAGGAAAUGGGGUUUCAGGAGAUGCGAGGAUAUCUGCUGGAUCAAAACCAACAAGAACAACCCAGGCAAGACCAAAACACUGGACCCCAAAGCCGUCUUCCAGAGGACCAAGGAGCACUGUCUGAUGGGUAUCAAGGGCACCGUGCGGCGAAGCACAGACGGAGACUUCAUUCACGCCAAUGUGGACAUUGAUCUGAUCAUCACGGAGGAACCCGAGAUGGGCAACAUCGAGAAACCUGUCGAGAUCUUCCACAUCAUAGAGCACUUCUGUCUGGGCCGUAGGCGCCUGCACCUGUUCGGCCGAGACAGCACCAUUCGGCCAGGCUGGCUGACAGUGGGUCCCACUCUGACCAACAGCAACUUUAACGCUGAGGCCUACUCCACCCACUUCGCCACCUCCCACCUGUCCGGCUGCACCGAGGACAUCGAGAGGCUCCGUCCCAAAUCCCCACCCCCCAAAGUCAAGCAGGAGGGGGGCAGAGGGGCACCACGAGGAGGGCGGGGCGGCACGGUGGUGGGGAGGGGCGACCGCGGCCGCGAGAGGAACCGUCCCAACUUUCGCGGAGAGCGAGGUGGCUUCAGGGGCCGCGGAGGGCCCCACCGGGGCUUUCCCCCUCGCUAGACCCCCCCCACCCCACCCCACCCUCCAACUUCUCCUAUAAACAUCCAAAUGCAACAGAUGGCUGAAAUAUUUUUGUAUCUGGAACAGCAGUGUGCAGGCUGUGACCGCUUUUAGAAAGCAGCUGUGGGGAGCUGUAGGGUGACGUUGGCAGGACACUAACUGCAGAGAUGAUGUCCUGACCUCAAGAAAGUGCAAGACUGCCUCCUUGGCGUUGGCAUGUCAAGUCUCCUAAGUGCAGGAAGCCGCGCCGGUUUUAGUGCUGGAUUUAAUUUUUUUAUUGACCGUAAGAAAAAUAAUUUUCAUGUGAUCUGUGUUCGAUGCGCUUUGACUGCACUUUCCUACUGGCUGAUUUUAUGACAAAGACUUCGGAGGAUACCAUGUAAAUAAUGUUUGUCUUUUUUUUUAAAUCAUUAGGCAAUUGUUCUUUGUUUGCGAGAAUAUGAUACAUUCACAACCUGCAUUAUUAAAAUAUACUUUCUGCCUUUCCUGGUACUUUAUUAGGUACAUCCAUCUUGCAUGUGCAUAUUAUAAGAUGUACAAUUACAGAUUGUAGCCCACUGGAUUAAAUAGCCAGGUUUGAGAAUCUUGGCCAUAGAUUUUACAGACCACCUAAUAAAGUGUCUGGUGUUUGUGAC